AUGAAUGCUCUUUCCACUCCAAUUACCUAUGAAGGAAAAAUGCAAGAUAAUAUAUCUACAAAAAUGUUCAUGUCUAUCUGUUAUAAUUUGCGGCCAUCCGAUCUUCUUGCGAUGGCGUGUGUAUGUAAAGAUUUCAAAAAUAUAUUGGACGAGAAUAUUAAUCCAUUAGCUGGAGAAAUAUGGUGUAUUUCUAGAAAUCGGUUCACUAUUUUUAAAGAUAAAGAUCCUCCUUUAGGAAUUAAUCAGCAAACUUUCGCAAGGUUAUUAACUUUUAAAAAUGGUUGUCAGUUUUGUAAAACUGAUGAGAGAACCCCCACUGUGUAUUGGGUUCCUGGUGUUCGCUCUUGCAGGGAUUAUACUUUUAAACUUGAUAACGAAAUUCUCGGACUUAUUGUACCUGUAAUACCUGAAUUAAAUUUACCAGUUACUAAAAAUAAAUUAUCUUAUUAUUGGGUUAGUCAUGUCAAGAACACUAUUGCAUUUCUUAUGGAUGCUGAUGCUAAUACUCGACUCAAAUUGAAUAAUCUGAGAAUAAAUAUUGAAAACAUUUAUAAAGAAGCUCAACAUUAUCAUGAAUGGACCAAUAAUUUAUAUCAAUCACAAGUUAGAGAUCAAGGAUUACUUUUUGAAAGGUUACUUGCUGAUUUCGAUAAAGAAACAUCUUUAAUGCUACAAAAUGAUAAAGAAUAUAAAAAAUUGGUGUCAAUGAUACGAUCCAAUCCUUUUUUGCUGGAAGACUGGCAGAAAUAUAAAAUAAGAAUUUUUCAAAUUGUACAAAGAAUUUCAUGUGAAGAAUAUGUUCAGGAAGAAUCAUCGGCCACCGCCAAACGAAAAUCGGUUGACACCAACAUUCAACAAGGAACUGUUAAAAGGCCUAAAUCAAAUGGUCAAUGGAGUCAAGAUCCAAUGAGUCCAAAUUCAAUUCUUAGAAGGCGAACUAGAGUUAUGAAACGUUUAAGGAAAUUAACUUACGGUACUGUUCAAAAGUCACCAGAGGAAUCUCUAAUAAGCAUCCGUGACCCACUGUAUGCAUAUUUGUCUAUGUGCCCGAGCUUCUUAAAUCCACCUAUAAUUGAUGAAUUAGAAUAUUCUAAUGAGUUUUUAGAAGGAAUCCUUAUACCAACUCUCAAAAGAGAAGCAGAACAACUUUGCGCGGAUAGAAUACCACCACCACCUUAUUUACUUGAUACGGAGGGUGCAUUAGAACUUGGUCUCGGACAUGUCCCAGUUUUUGGGUGUCUUAUUUGUACUGGAAUUGUUCCAGGUACUUUUAAAAGGCUUAAGAAGCACGUUAAAGCUUUUCAUAAAAUUGAUGAUAAUGCUGAGAGGGUGAUCUCAGUGAAUUGUGAUGCAAUGAUUACAUAUAUGCAUCAUGCAUUUAUUAAAAAGGAUUCUUCUAGAAAGAAGAGGAAAGAUAAUAAUUAG